CCGCUCCUCCCAAUUUCUCGUCCCUGUCACCGAAUCCCACUUCCACUUACCUCACCGCUCUGCUCUGCUUCUCCCUCUUCAAAAUCAAGCAACCGUUUUUUCGCGUUUUUCAGAUCACCAAACGCCCCUCCUCCCCAAUUCCCUUUCCACAUUCUCUCAGCUAAUUGCCACCAAUAUUCUCUCCUACCAAAAUUUCACUCUUCUUGUUCAUUCGACUCUAUUUUAACAUUUGAAUCUGUCCAUCCCUCAACAUCUGCUUUACAUUAUUCACUUUCCAAGAACUCUUCUAAAUGCGUGCAGAUUGGGCAAUUCUUAAUUCAUCACUGUUGCAGGUAAUAAAGAACUUUGAUCAUGGAGCAACUGGAAGUUCAAAACCCUGUAGUUAAGAAGCAGCUAUUGGAUGUUCAGCCUCGAGAACUCAAGUUUAUACUUGAGGUUAAGAAACAAAGUUCGUGUGCUGUUCACCUUGCCAAUCUUUCUGAUCAUUAUGUUGCUUUCAAGGUAAAGACUACUUCGCCCAAGAAAUAUUGUGUGCGACCUAAUAUAGGGGUUAUCAAGCCAAAAUCAACAUAUGAUUUCACAGUCACAAUGCAAGCACAGAAGUCAGCUCCCUCAGACAUGCAAUGCAAGGACAAGUUUUUAGUUCAGAGCACAGUUGCUCCAUUUGGCACAACUGAAGAGGAUAUUACACCUGACUUGUUUGCAAAAGAUAGUGGAAAAUAUGUUGAAGAGUGCAAGCUGAAGGUUUCGCUGACUAGCCCCACACAAUCCCCUGUUCUGUCACCCGUUAAUGGAGCUUCCAAGCUAGAACAAUCUCCUGCAAGUGAAAUAUCAGAAGAAAAACUGCUGACUCGGGUUGAAAAUCUUCCCCCGCUUCAAAUGCUGGAUGAGAAAUUUGAGAGUGAAAAACUUGUAAUGGAUGCAGAGGUACUGACUUCAGCAAAAGUUGAGGAAAAUGUCCUACUGCCUACUAAAACGGGGAAGCUUAUUUGUGAUAGGGAUGUGGAAUAUAGACCUUUGGACGUUGUUGAUGGAACAAAACUGAAAUUUUCCAGAGAUGUUGAGGAAUUGAAAUCAAAGCUAAUCACAUUAGAUUCAGAGCUGAUUCAGGUUAAAUCUAACAUUACAAAGCUGACAGAAGAAAAGAGCUGUGCUGUUCAAGAGAAGCAAACAUUAAAGCGAGAAUUGGCAACUUUGAGGAGGAAGACUAGUGUGAGGACGGUUGAACGGGGAUUUCCUCCUCUCUUUGUUUGCAUGGUUGCAUUAAUUAGUCUGACUGUUGGAUACUUAUUACAUGGUUAAAAAGAAGGUUAUUUUCAGGAUUAGUGAUGCCAUGGUUUAAAGAAAGGAUAUAUCAUAGGUUUAGGUUUUCAGGAUUCUGUUAACUAGCCCUUAGCCUUGUUUACUUUGGCAUCUUUGUAUAACUCUGCAGAGUUUUAUGAAAUGAAAGAAACUUGGCACUUUUACUUGUCGCAAUAAUUGUAAAGAAAGGCUAUCUUUUUAAUAAAAUAUGUGUU